AUGGUCACCGACGACCUCGAACCCGUCUGGAAGGCACUCGCCAACGCCGAUCGUCGAGCGAUCCUCGAUCAUCUGCGCGAGGGGCCUCUCAGCACCGGAGAACUCGUCAUGCUCUUCCCUGAUGUCUCCCGCUUCGCCGUGAUGCAGCACCUGAAGGUGCUCACCGAGGCGGGCCUGGUGAUCGCGAAGAAGGACGGGCGGGUGCGCAUGAACCACCUCAACGCCGUGCCGAUCCGCAUGAUCUACGAGCGCUGGGUGAGCCGGUACGAGGGCGAGUGGGCGUCGGCGUUGACGGGUUUGAAACGUGCGGUCGAAGGCGGCCGCGGGCAAUCGGAAACAGGUGCGAGGUCGAAGACGAUGAGUGACAAGGUGUAUUCCAUCGAGAUCGAGGCGCCGAUCCAGAAGGUGUGGGACGAGAUCACCUCGCACGGCGUGGUCAACAAGGCGAUGUUCGGCUGCGUGCUGGACGGGGCGUUCGAGCCCGGGCACCGGUACCGGUACACGAACAAGAGCGACUCGCACACGAUGGUGAUGGGCGAGGUCGUCGAAGUCUCGCCGCCGAACAAGCUGGUGCACACGUUCAUCUUCACGUGGUACGAGGACGCGCCGUCGCUGGUGACGUGGGAGCUGAGUGAAUCCGCGGGGAUGACGAAGGUCACGGUGACGCACCAGGCGCUUGUCGAGGGCACCAAGACGCACAAGGACGUCCAGGGCGGCUGGCCGACGAUCCUGGGUCUGUACAAGCAGAUCAUCGAGACGGGCAAGGUCCCGCUCAAGACGAACGUCACGCAGGGGCUCAUGGGUGGCGAUGUGAUGAACAGACUUUCAACCAUCCUCGUGUCGUCCGCCCUCGCGCUGGCGACUACCCUGAACGCCAUGGCCGAGAAACCGGAGGUCGACGAAUCCCGCGAAAUCCGCGUGCAGCGUGUCGUCCCGGCGUCGAUCGGCGAGGUCUGGGCGUCGUGGACGACGGGCAACGGCUUCGAGGCGUUCACCGGCGCGAAAGCGGAGAUCGACCCCGUGCCGGGCGGGGCGUAUUUCAUCCGAUGGUCGCCGGACGCCGACCCGGGCGAGCAGGGGAGCGAGGGGUGCGAGGUGCUCGCGGCGCACCACGAGAAGAUGCUGAGCUUUUCAUGGAACGCUCCGCCGCAGUUCCCGAACGCCCGGCGGGUGCACACCACCGUAUCGGUCUACUUCGACGCCGAGGGGCCCGAUCGAACGCGGGUGACGCUCUACAACCACGGCUACCCGCCCGAGGGCGCGAGCGAGGAGUGGGACAACACGUACGAGUACUUCGCCAAGGCGUGGCCGACCGUCGUCGGCUGGCUCGUCGAUCACCACGCGAAGGCGAGCGGCUCCGAGGAGGCGCCGAACCCCGGCACAGGGUGGAUGUACGUCCCGCGCCCGGCCCGCGACGAUUUCUUCACCAACCCGGACCCCGACGAGGGCGCCAAAGUGGGCGAGCACUUCCGGUACCUGCAGGAGGCGAUCAAGUCCGGCAAGCUCGUGAUGGCCGGGCCGUGCACGGACUUCGAGGGCCCGGCCGUGGUGAUCUUCGAGGCCGAGAAUGAAGAAUCGGCGCGGGCGUUCAUGGAGAACGACCCGGCGGUGAAGGCCGGGGUCUUCGCCGCGACGCUCCACCCGAUGAACUUCUCGCUCCUGCGGGAGCGGGGCCGCUCCGUCGACAUCGAUAUCCAGAUCGUGCACCGCCCGAGUCGCCCAGAUCGGGUGCUGCACGUUGUAGACAAGCGUCCGACCGCGCCGGGUCGUGCCGUAGCCCCAGGCGUGCUCUUUGAAGAAGUGCGCUUCGGACUCCUCGUCCGGCAGGGUCUCAUCGAAGCCGGUGGACCAGGAGAUGGUCAUGUCGCGAUCGGUGUGGCGGAGUAUGUGGGAGAACGCGGGGCGACCGUUUGUGAUCCGCUUUUCGAUCGUCAUCGGGCGGGUCUCGUAGGGCUCGUUGUAGAGCCACCUCGCGCCGAGCGAGACGAGGGGCUUGGGCACGAUCUCGCGAAUGAACACGACGCCGCGCCGGCGCUCGUCGGCCUUCUCGCGGACGUAGAAGCGGAGGUUCCACUCCGGGAAUCGGGUGUUGCCGGGGACGGGGACGCCCCGCAUCCGGACGCGCGCGAAGUCGAACGCCACGAGGCUCGCGUAGGGGCUGCCCUGCCACACGUCGAGUUCGAGGCCGUCGGGGAGGUGCGGCGCGAGCGUCGACGCGUCCACGCGGUAGCUCGCGAUGAGGAGGUCGAGCCAUUGGGCGCGCAGUGGCCGACCGUCGACGCCUCGCGGUUCUCGUCGCUCAUCACCACCGAGCGGACGGGCGACGAGGACGUCGUCCUCAUCGGCCUGCCGGACGACCUGGGCGUGAAGCUGAACAACGGACGGCCAGGCGCGAAGGAUGGGCCGUCGGUGUUGCGUUCGACACUCGCGAAGAUGGGCGCGAUCUGGGACGCGUCGCACGAGCACGAGCUCGGCGUUCGGAUCUUCGACGCGGGGGACGUGACGCCGGCGGAGGGAGACGGUCCGGCGGCGCUCGAGGAGACGCACCGGCGCGUCACCGAGGCCGCCAGGCCGUUCCACGACGAGGGCAGGAUCGUCGUCGGCAUCGGCGGCGGGCACGACCUGACGUUCCCGAUGGUGCGGGCGUACGCGCAGAGCACGGGGAGAAAAAUCGGCGGCGUGAACGUCGAUCCGCACCUGGACGUCCGCGAGACGGACGGCUCGGGGACGCCCUACCGCCGCCUGAUCGAGGGCGGGUUCGUUGACGGUCGCCGGUUCGUGGAGUUCGGGGCGGGGCGGUUCGACAACUCGCGAGCGCACCUGGAGUGGGUGAAAUCGCAGGGCGGGACGGUGCGUGAGCUCACCGCGAUCCGCGCCGGAAAGCACGCCCCCGCCGACGCCGUCUCGCACGCGUGCGAGCACGGGGGGCCGGGGUUCGUGAGCAUCGACAUGGAUUGCGUCGAGGGCGUCCUCGGCGUGAGCGCGGUACCGGCGCUGGGGCUCCCGCUGGACACCGUCCUGAAGUUCGCGACGCUCGCGGGCGUGCACACGAGCGUGCGCCACUUCGACAUCAUGGAGCUGUCGCCCCCGCACGACGCCGGCAAUCGGACAGCCCGAAAGGGUGCAUACGUGAGCCUGCUGAUCCGGAACGCGCGUGUGCUGACGAUGGACGACGAGGGCACGGCCCACGACCGGGCGGACGUGCUCGUCGAGGGCGGCUCGAUCUCCGGGAUCGGGCCGAAGCUCCGGGCGCCGAAGGGUGCCGAGGUCGUCGAGGCGGACGGGCGGGUGUGCAUGCCGGCGUUCGUCGACGCCCACACGCACGCGUGCAGCGCGGGCGAGCGGCUCGACGAAUGGGAAAAGAAGCAGGCCGGUGCGACGUACCUGGAGAUCCUCGAGUCGGGCGGCGGGAUCAUGUCCACCGUCCGAUCCGUGCGCAAAGCAACGCAGGCCCGGCUCACCGAGCUCCUCCUCGACCGCCUCGACGUGAUGGUCUCCGAGGGGACGUGCACCGUCGAGGUCAAGAGCGGGUACGGCCUCACGACCGCGGACGAGCUCAAGAUGCUCCGCGCCAUCGUCGACGCGAGCGAGCAGGCGUACGGCACGGUCGUCCCCACCGCCCUCAUCGCGCACGCGAAAGACCCCGACCAGCCGAGCUUCGUCGAGACGACGAUCAACGAGACGCUCCCGGCCGUCCACGCGGAAUUCCCGGACAUCGCCAUCGACGCCUACUGCGAGCGGGGCGCGUGGUCGCUCGAGGAGACGGCCGCGCUCUUCGAGAAAGCGAUCGAGCUGGGCCACCCGAUCCGCGUGCACACCGACCAGUUCAACGCACUGGGCAUGACCGAAUGGGCGAUCGAGCGCGGCGCCGUGAGCGUCGACCACCUCGAGGCCACCCCCCCGGAAACCCUCAAAUCGCUGGGCAAUUCCGGCACGUUCGGCGUGAUGCUCCCGUGCUCCGGGUUCCACGUGGACGGGCGGUACGGCGACGGCCGGGCCCUGCUCGACUCGGGGGGGAAGCUCGUGAUCGCGACGAACAUCAACCCCGGCUCGGCCCCGUGCUCGAGCAUGCCGAUGGCGGUCGCGCUCGCGGUGCGGAACCUGGGGAUCACGGCGCACGAGGCGAUCCGCGCCUGCACGAGCGCCGCGGCCGAGCUCCUCGGCUGCCACGACCGGGGGGUGCUCGAACCCGGCGCGCGGGCUGACCUGGUGCUCCUCCGCCACACGGACGAGCGGCAGCUCGGCUACGAGUUCGGCGGGAACCCCGUCGAUCUCGUCGUGUGCAACGGUCGCGCCGCGUACGCGCGCGAGGCGGCGCAGCGCGUCGUCGUCACCCACCAGCGGCUCGCGGCGUUCGUUCGAGAGGGCCAGACGCUCGCGGAGAUCGACGCCGAGGUCGCGCGGAUCCUCAAAGACCUGGACUGCCGCUCGUGCUUCCUGGGGUACCGGGUGCCCCGGAUGCCGGCGUACAUGAACCACGCGUGCCUGAGCGUGAACGAGUGCAUCGUGCACGGGACGAGCGCGUCGUACACCGCGCCGCUCAAGGCGGGCGACCUGCUCUCGAUCGACAUCGGGGUGAAAUACAAGGGCUGGAUCGGCGAUGCCGCGUGGACCUACGCGAUCAAGGAGGUCUCCGACGAGAACCUCGCGCUGAUGAAGUGCGGGAUCGAGUCGCUCCGCCGGUCGAUCCCCACGCUCGCGCCGGGCAACCAGUACAUCGAGUGGGCGCGCACCUGCCAGCAGUACGUCGAGCAGGAGUGCGGCUUCCACAUCGUCCGGGGCCUGGGCGGGCACGGCAUCGGCCGCAAGCUCCACGGCCCGCCGUUCAUCUCCAACAACGUUCCGACGUUCCCGGGCGAGUGGCCCGACGCGUUCGCGCCGUGCGAGCCGGGGACGCUCAUCGCCGUCGAGCCCAUGAUCGCCGUCGGCACGGGGCGCACGCUCACCGAGCCGAAGAAGUGGCCGAUCUACACGUUCGACAACUCGAUGAGCGUCCACUACGAGGCGGACGUGCUGAUUACUGAGGACGGGCCGGAGAAUCUCACCGAAGAGAUGUUCGAGCUCCCGGACGUUGUCGGGUAG